GACCAAGAAUCUUUUUAUAGACAAAAAUACAACCUUUUUAUUGUCGGAAUCUGACUCUAUCACAUCAACCCGAUAACACAAAAUGCCUCUAGCGUCAAUUCUAUGCUAGAUUCACAAUAGCCUAUCACAAUAAAAAAAAAAAGCUUACUUUCCUGAGAAACAGAGUUCCAUCGAAAAUGGGUCGAAUAAGUUUAGUGGUUUGUGAUCUGGUUCUGUCGUUCAUGUGGAUAUGGGCAGGAGUUCUGGUCAACAUCUUAGUCCACGGAGUACUCGGGUUUAGUCGGAAAGAUACGACCGGCGAUAUCGUCCGUUAUCUAUUCUCCGUCAUCUCCAUGUUCCUCUUCGCUUUCCUUCAGAAACUCACCAAAGGUGGACUCUACAACCCUUUGACCGCUUUGGCUUCUGGUGUCUCCGGUGGCUUCCGCGGUUUCAUCUUCUCCGUCCUGGUUCGCAUCCCCGUCGAGGUGAUGGGAUCAGUCCUUGCGGUUAAACAUAUCAUUCACGUUUUCCCUGAGAUUGGAAAAGGACCAAAACUGAACGUAGCAAUCCAUCACGGCGCUUUAACCGAAGGGAUACUAACCUUUUUCAUAGUAAUGCUCUCAUUAGGACUUACAAGGAAGAUCCCUGGAAGUUUCUUCAUGAAGACUUGGAUUGCUAGUAUUGCUAAGUUGACUCUUCAUGUUCUUGGAUCUGAUUUAACCGGUGGAUGCAUGAACCCAGCUGCUGUGAUGGGAUGGGCUUAUGCUCGAGGUGAACACAUAACAAAGGAGCAUUUACUUGUGUAUUGGCUUGGACCUGUCAAGGCUACUUUGCUCGCUGUUUGGUUCUUCAAUGUUGUGUUUAAGCCUCUCACUGAAGAACAACAAGAGAAACCUAAGGCCAAAUCUGAGUGAGUAAUGAGGUCACACCUCUAACAACACACACGAAGGGUGAUAUUGUUGUAUCCAGGGAUGAUUUCGUUGUAGCAAACUCAGUUGUAUCAAUCAGUUCAAUAAAAAUGUGAAUUCUGGCUUUAUACAAUGUGCAAUGCAAUUGAUAACAGUAUUUGGUUUAUUGCAAAAGAGAAAAAAAGAGGUCUCAGUUUCAAUCA